GUAAUGGCAAAACCGACACCCAAACGCAACACGGUCGCCGAGCUGACAGCUAGCUUGCUAGCCGCUCAGUACUAAGAACCGUGUUUGAAUUUGUCUUGACAGCUACCAUGGACUUGACUAAUGUGUUAUCGCAGCUCGAAAGUGCCGACGGGCAGGACAUUGAAACGCUUCUACAGGAGUACAACACAGAGAACAGCCACACCUUCACUUUUAACCAAAAGGAGGAAACGCUGCGCAGAAAGUUGUGUCAGAGUGUCCUGGUAGUCCUCGGAAUGCAGGUACAACCCAGCUGUCAGAAGACAUGCCUGGAAACACUUCGCAUUCUCUCCAGGGACAAGUGUGUCCUGGCACCUGUAGCCACCCGGGACGGCAUGCUGACUCUGGCCAGGAUGGCCCGACUGAGCGAUGGAGAGGCGCUGGAUGAUGACAAGGAGCAGCCACAGGAAAGCACACUAUCAGCAGAGGAGGAGCGAGUGGUGGUGGAGGCCUUGAAGUGCUUGUGCAAUGUGGUGUACAACAGUCCAACCGCUCAGCAGGUGAGCGUGGACGUCAAGCUGGCCAACGGCCUAUGUGCCAGCCUGCACACGGCCCCUGCCUGGCACCACGAGGUGGGCCUGUUCACGCUUCGCCUUCUCUUCCUGCUGUCGGCCCUGAGGGCAGACCUGAGGGAGGAGCUGAGGAGAGAGGGACAGGUGCUGAAACUGCUCACAGAGGUGCUGGAGCACACCCUGGAUGUGAGCUGGGAUGGUCCCUACGAGGUGACCCGUCCAGAUCCUCAGGCCUUGCCCCUGCCUGCAGAGGACAAUGAGAGAGCGAUGGAGGCUCUCAAAGCCCUCUUCAACCUCACUGUGUCUAAUGUUGGUGGCAAGGAGGACGACCACCAGUAUAGACACAUGGCUGCCAUCUUGCGCCACCUGUUGAUGUUCAGGACAGAGACAGAGGAGAAAACAGAAGAAGCACACAGCCACGCCAUCAACCUGCUGAACAACCUGCCCGUGUCCUGCCUGGACGUGCUCAUCAACCUACCCAUACAGGGAGGACUAGAGAUAUACGGUGGCAAAAACAUGGACGCCAUACAGGUGUUACUGGACUUCAUGGAGAAACGGAUAGACAAGGGCUCCAACUACAAAGAGGGGCUCACUCCGGUGCUCAGCCUGCUGACUGAGGUAUCCAGACACCACAGAGAGAUCCGCAGAUAUAUCAAAGCUCAGGUGCUUCCUCCACUCAAAGAUGUGAAGAUCAGGCCUGAAGUAGGCACCACCACCAGGAACAAGCUGGUCCGCCUGAUGACUCACGUGGAGAUGGCUGUCAAGCAGGCGGCCGCUGAGUUUCUCUUUGUUUUGUGUAAAGAGAGCGUGGACAACCUGUUGAAAUACACAGGUUACGGAAACGCAGCAGGACUCCUUAUGGUUCGAGGGCUGCUGGGAGGAGGAAGAGGAGAGACUGAGUACUCGGAGGAUGAAGACUCCGACACGGAAGAGUACAAAACUGCCAAACCUUUCAUCAACCCUAUCACUGGUCACGUAGAGGAGCCCAUGCCCAACCCUAUGGAGGAGAUGACGGAGGAGCAGAAGGAGUACGAAGCCCAGAAACUUGUCAGUAUGCUGGACAAAUUGUCAAGGCAGAGCUUGAUCCGUCCCAUGGGCAUCAAGCCAGACGGGACAUUAGCGCCCCUUGAAGAGACUCUCCGUGACCCGCGUGGAGAGAACUCCGGAUCGGACUCUGAUGAGUAAGAACUUUGCUUCAUGGCCACAUUUUGAGGGGUGUUCGGCUCACACACAAACCACUCCCCCUCCACUAAAGCAGUGUCACACUAGAAGGGCUGGAUCUUUCAGACUACCCAAAGGAGGUGGGUUCUGUAUUAGACGACACAGUUGAGUAGAACCAGGGUCUCUUCUCUAACGAAGAGCAAGCAUUCAAACCUUUUUGGGUUCUGAUAGCACACAAUGAAUUGCUUUUUAGUGAGAAAGUGAUUAUGAGAUUUGACUUGGUUGAUAUAAGAUGUAAGAUAUGUAUUUGUGUCUAAUGUUGCUCAGCAACAACAAAAAAUAUGCUAGUCUGAUUCUGGCUUCUGGCUGCCCUGUUCUCACGAGACACCUUUUCUCCAAACAAGAAAUCUCAUUUUAAUAUCGCAUGAUCUCGUGACACCCCUACUAAACUUGUAUCCAUUUUAAAAAAGCUGACUUCUUCUGCAAACUCAACGGCAAGAUGAUGGACAAAAUGCAGCAAUGUCCAGAGGAUCAUAACUCCUCAAGCAACCAAUGAAAAUGCUUUGAGCUCAUCACCCAUCUGCUGCCCACAGCCACUAAGGGACAUAUCUGCAUGGAUUCUACAGAUUGCUAGGAUAUGCUGUGAUUAUAAACAACUUGAUCGAUGCAUUACAGAGGAUGCAUACAAUUUGAGUGGUAAAACUGAGGAUUUUUAAGGCAACAGUCAUCCUAAAGAACACCAUUUACAUGAGGCUUUGGUGUAAAAUGGGCGAGUUGGGGGAGAUCCAGCCCCUUCAGUGUGGAACACAGUUAACGUGGCAUGGGAGAGUCCUCGCCCCACUCGUGGGCCUGGUUGUGGCUCAAGAUGGACUUUAUCAGAGGACUUGGCUAAGGCCUCACUGUUGCACCUUUUGUCUUUUAUUUUAAACGUUCCAAUAUUGGAGUUUUUCGAAUAGUUUGAUUGCAACACUGAUAGUCAUUCCUUCACCAUUUGUUUUUAGCACUACUAUGUUUGUUUUACUGCUACACAUUUUGUUCAGCCAUACCGCAUACACACACACACAAGUUAAACACAAUGUCACAGUAUGAGUGGGACAGACCUGCUUAGAACAGUCUGAGUUGGGAUGUACUGUAAUUAGUAAUCAGUUCACUGUGAAUUGUUUUUGAAGCUCCAAGUGAGCCUUAUGCUGGUUUACGACUCUGCAAUGGAUGUUGCACACAAGCUCACAUCCUCUGUGCAGCUGUAAAAGAAUAGCAGUACCACCGUAAUUUCCGGACUGAGCGCACCUGAAAAUAAGCUGUACCCGCUAAAAUUAAAGGGAAAAAAAUAUUUGUACAAGACAUUUGUACAUACCUGUCUAUAAAUGGCAGUUGUCCAUGUCAUAACAUGGGAUAUGUAGUACACAGAAAGAUUUUUUUUAAACUUAAUAAAAUUAAUGUUUUUUCCCCCCAAAACAGUGCAUGUAAGACAGGUGGUUAAACAGUAGUCUGCCAGAAAAGUCACCGUCAUCGCUGUCUUCAUCCUCCCCUUCCGCACUAAAACCACUAAAGUUGUCUUCUUCAGUGUCAGAACUGAACAGCUCCACAAUUCCCUUGCCACACACCCCGCCAGUCUCUCUCCCUCUUUCAUUGCCGCUCCCAGCGCCACCCCUGCAAAUCAACCCCCGAGCUGUGCUGUCACAUAGCAGUCCAGCCACUUGAACUCCACCAGCGACAGUGGACUUAUCAACACCGCUUCAGGCUGUCAAGAUCCACCGGCAGACCAGCAGCAACCACGAUAUCGAUCUCCUUCAAGCUGAAAGCUGCAUCACACCUCUCCACGUGUCCUCCAUUAAAAGGGCGUGCGCAUGAAGCGCAAAAUGAUUGCUCGAAAGCACACAAGAUGUCCCGAGACCAUAACGCAACCAUAAAGUAGCCGCAUCACUCUGAGCUACAAGGUUCAAAGCGUCAGAAAAAAGUAGCGGCUUAUACUCCGGAAAUUACGGUAAUACAAAACAGUUUUGGUCAUCAAGUUUAAAGAUACAAUUUUAAAUACGCCACCGGAGGCCUAAACACUGUUACACAUUCCUUCCAUCCAUUGGAGUCGUUUAUUUCCACUUGUAACCGCCAGCAUAUUUCUUGCAUGUCAUUUAUCUCUCUAUUUUGUAAGUGUGUGUGCGUGUUUUCAAGGGGGAGAAUGUGUUCUUUUUGCACACUUUUACAUGAUGUAAUCGUCACUGUAUUUAUUUUAUGUAGUGAAGCUAUCACUGGGGAAAAAAAUACAAUAAAGUGUUUAAUUAAA